CGGGGGCCGAGGCUUUACAAAAAAAAAUUGUUUCCAUGGUUUCCAUUAUAAACUUCACAGUAACACAGCAAGUUACACAGCUACGCAGUAAAUAAACACGGUAAACGGGUCUUGCGUACUUUUCUUAUUUGAAAUAGAUGUUUUAUUGAAAUUAAGUAUAUUUAGGCCCUCGUUUACUUCUUUGUGAUUAUUUUUUUUUAUAAAUGUCUAUUGUCGAAAUAAUUCACCACAAUGAAAAUAUUUAUACAAUUUUGGACAAGCCUCCGCCAGAACCACCAAAAACACCUAGGUACGAGUCACAGUUAGAGAAGGAAUUAAAGGAAAGAAAGAUACCCCAACUUCGUCGGACGUUUGGAUAUGCAGAGACCCCUCUCAAGCCACCUGAAGAUUUCCUGAAGAAAGGUCACGGUAUUGGGCAGCCAUUAAAGAAAUCCGACCACAAAUGUGUUGUUUCUGGCAAUCUUCCACCAGUGCCCAAGAGGCCACCUCCAGGACAGGGUCCAGAAAAGCCGAAGGUCAACUUUCGUGUAGUCAAUAUAAAGAAAGCAAUAAAAACUAAGCCAAAGCCUGUUCAACCAAGAUUGGUGGAUACCAGGGAUGGUCAUCGUAAAAAUAUAAAGGGUUCCGGCGAAGUGCCGGAGUUUUGCCUGAGGGCUGACUUCGGCCAGAUGCCCGCGUACCUGGUGCGUAGGAACCGGCGCAUCCAGCGCGCGCUCGACAAGAUCCGACAUGACGAGGAGACGAAGGAGAGCCUCUGUAAGCUCAUUUCGGAGGAGGCUCGUCAGAAACUGUUGCAGGAUCUGAAACAGAAUUGGCAGCUGAUGCAGAAGGCAUUCCUGCAGCUGCCCAUGCUCACGGACACCAUCCCAAAAAUCCUCAAGAAGACUAAGAUGGAGCAGGAGCUCAAGCAGCUGGAAAAAGACAUCGCCCUAGUCGAGAGCAACCCCUACAUUUACAUUUACGAGUAGUAAAUAAUGAAUCUUUCAAUUACAUAAAAUUACUCUUUGCUCCAAUUUGGUAGUACCGCAAGAAGUAGAACACAGCAUUAAACGGUUUCAUUUUAAUUUAAAAAGGUGUUUUUGUUUUUAAGGUAAUACACAGUCAGGUCAUAA